UGACCGGAAGUGGGCCCGGGAGGGCGCCGCGGGCUCCAGCUCGCGGGAGCCGGUAGAGAGGAGCGUGGGGAAGGCGGGACACGGGGCGGGGCCGCUGCAGGGGCGGGGUCUGCAGGCUGGCGGGUGGGGGGCGGGGACCCCCUCGGCCCCCCGGACCCCGCCUGCCCCGGCGCGGGUGGCGGCACCGCCAUGAAGCUGAAGCUGAAGAACGUGUUUCUCGCCUACUUCCUGGUGUCGAUCGCCGGCCUCCUCUACGCGCUGGUGCAGCUCGGUCAGCCAUGUGACUGCCUGCCUCCCCUGCGCGCAGCGGCUGAGCAGCUUCGGCAGAAGGAUCUGAGGAUUUCCCAGCUGCAAGCCGAUCUCCGCCGCCCACCCCCUGCCCCUGCCCAGCCCCCUGAACCUGAAGCCCUGCCUACUAUCUAUGUCGUUACCCCCACCUACGCCAGGCUGGUACAGAAAGCCGAGCUGGUGCGGCUGUCCCAGACACUGAGCCUGGUGCCCCGGCUGCACUGGCUGCUGGUGGAGGAUGCCGAGGGCCCCACCCCACUGGUCUCUGGGCUGCUGGCUGCCUCGGGCCUCCUCUUCACACACCUGGUGGUCCUCACCCCCAAGGCCCAGCGGCUCAGGGAGGGCGAACCCGGGUGGGUUCGGCCCCGAGGGGUAGAGCAACGGAACAGGGCCCUGGACUGGCUCCGGAGUGGAGGGGGCGCUGUGGGGGGAGAGAAGGACCCCCCUCCAGCCGGCACGCGGGGAGUUGUGUACUUUGCAGAUGAUGACAACACCUACAGCCGGGAACUCUUCGAGGAGAUGCGCUGGACCCGUGGUGUCUCAGUGUGGCCUGUGGGCCUGGUGGGCGGCCUGCGAUUCGAGGGCCCUCGGGUACAGGAUGGCCGGGUUGUGGGCUUCCACACGGCGUGGGAGCCCAACAGGCCCUUCCCAGUGGAUAUGGCAGGAUUUGCUGUCGCCCUGCCCUUGUUGUUGGCUAAGCCCAGUGCCCAGUUUGAUGCCACCGCUCCCCGGGGCCACCUGGAGAGCAGUCUCCUGAGCCACCUCGUGGAUCCCAAGGACCUGGAGCCGCGGGCAGCCAAUUGCACUCGGGUUCUGGUGUGGCACACACGGACAGAGAAGCCCAAGAUGAAGCAGGAAGAGCAGCUCCAGCGGCAGGGCCGAGGCUCAGACCCAGCUGUGGAGGUGUGACGGCAAUCCCCACCCUGACCACUGCCUCGUCAGGCACGAACCUGGGGGACUGGGCCCCUGGCCUGCCCAGGAUGCAGUUUUCCAAAUCCUGACCCCCUCAGAGCCGGGGCGGCCCCCUCUGCCCCCUCAGCCCCAGGGCGUGGCCCAGCUGCUUCUCCCCUCCCCCAGCCUGCCAUGUGGCACUGCCCACAGGCUGGGGACAAGCGGCCCUUGUGUUGAGUCAGGUCAGCCCUGUCUGGGGCGGAGCGGAAGGACAGACGCUCAGGAGGGAGGGCUGCUGAGCAACUGGGUAACUUAUUCGGGCUGGGCAUGCGUUGGGGGGCUGGAGGAGCUGGGCUGGACCCUCCCCACCUGAGCAUGCUGACUCCCCUCCUACCUCCAGAAUAAAAGAUCUCAAGCUGGA